AUGUUUCUAACGAGGCAGCACCUCGAGAGGGUCACGCUGCUGCCUGAACUAAUGGCACGCGCAUGGCCACAUUUUACACGCUCCCAUAUGCCUUCAAUGUUUCACAUAUUUUCCGCAUACCGAAGGACGACGAAAUCACUCCCUCUGCGUGAAGGGACAUCUUUAUCCCGCUCCAAAGGGUUGGAAGUUGGAGCCGUUAGUGCUUACCUCUGUUCCUGCAGAGUUGGAUCGCGGAACUGUUCAGUUAUCGCUAUUUUUCCGUGGGGGAAUUUAACGGGGGUAAGGGUGAUUUUGAGGGAUCCUGCAAGGUGGGUUCUUGCGUGGACAAAUUCGCGCGAAUCAACACUCGAGACACCCAUCUCCGGUGACAGGUUUUAG